AUUGGCUGGGCUGUCCAUGUCCGCAGUCACCUCGUAGCGCAGCCAGCCAAGCUUUCUAUUCACAUGGAAAUUGGGCCUCAUAAAUGCCUACUACAAUUGCCCACUUUGCACAGUAUAUGUAGUGCUUGUUAGCACGCAGUGUGCGGAUCUUUGUUUCUAACGGUGCUCGCCCACCAUCUGCCAUCUGCACCAUUCAAAGAUCGUAACGGCAGUCUCUGCAGUCUGUUCGCCACUCAUUUCCAGGCUACGGCAUAACAACAUGGCCCCUGCCUCUAACAGUGGCAAAAUGGAACUAACCCGGAGCGAGGACGAAUGUUACAGCAUUAAAGGAGACCGAAAGACAAGAAAGCCGUUGGUUGAGAAGAAAAGAAGAGCACGCAUCAAUGAAAGUUUGCAAGAACUCAGAUCACUCCUCGCAGAGGCAGAUGCGCCGUCAAAAAUGGAGAAUGCUGAGGUUUUGGAGAUGACUGUCAAACGUGUCGAGACUAUUCUUCAAAAUCGUGCCAAAGAGACGGAAAACGUAAACCGGGAGGCGAGCGAGAGAUUUGCGGCUGGAUACAUUCAGUGCAUGCAUGAAGUCCAUACAUUUGUGUCCAACUGCCCUGGCCUUGACGCAACGAUAGCAGCAGAUCUCCUGAACCACCUCUUGGAAUGCAUGCCUUUAAAUGACGAAGACUGUUUCCAAGAUCUUUUGUCCGAUUUGAUGUCAGACUCCUCGAACCACUACAGCACUUCAACUGAAGCAAUGCUGUCACCAGCAGAGAGAAGCGGGUCUGGUGGUGGCAACUCGGCCCUGUCCCCGUCUCCCUCCUCAUCCUCGGAUGACCUCUGCUCUGACCUGGAUGAGACUGACAGUGAGCAGAGUCACAUAGCUGCAGAUGUUGAACAUAAAGACGCCCCUAGCACUGCAACGACGUUUUUCACAAAGGAAAUGUGGAGGCCUUGGUAGCCUCGGUGUUUCUACUCUGUGUCACUGUCUUAGAAUAAUUAAUUUAAUUAAUAGACCUAAUUAAUUGCAGUAGGCAGAAUCAGGCAUUAUGCCAUCUAAACAUGUCCUCUUUUUGGAACAGCGACUAAUGUGUGUGGUUUUCUCUUGAAAGCUCUUUAUUUUCAUCUGUAAACUUUAUAGCAUUCGAAUAAUCGUCUGUAUGUUUUGCAUAUAAUCAAACUUGUUGGAUGUUUUUAUACCAUUGCAGAGCACCUGUACAUAUUUAAUUGUCUUGGUUUCAAAGCGGAGAGUGCCAGAAAACCUGGCUAAGGUAGAUGUUUCAUUAGUCUGCCUCUGGUUUGUAUCAAUGCUUGCGCCUUAUAAGAACAGAGAUGUAUGCUUUCUCAAUUAAAGGAAUUUCCAUUAUCUAAACCCCUCUGUAUUUGUAUGCUUCUAAUGUGAGCCGUUGGGCCUGAGUAUGGAAUAAGUUGCCAAAAGAUUCUGACAGUGCAGUAU